AAACCUGGGCCUGCAAUGAUACAGUACAGUAUAAGUUCCUUUGCUUGAGAGCAAGGCUGGCUCUAUCUUUAGGCAGAGUGAUGCGACCCUUUCAAGGGACAUGUGCUGCAAGCAUCAGCAGCAGCCCCCAACCCUUUCUAUUGAAGUCUCUUCUCAGCCAUUCCCCUCCCGGCCUUAGGACGGCCCAAUGAAAUAGAGCAACUUUUUUGGCUGCGUGGAAAACAGCCUGCGUGAAACUUCUUAUAGACAACUAUGAACGUGACAAGAGGCCUCGUCCUUCUUUUCUUGGGGCCCUCCUACUGCUGUGAUACGGGAGUCUUCCCCAUUGGCAGUACUGAAACCCGAAUCGACAACACUGUCCACUUGACUUCUCCAGGCACAAUACAAAAGGGCGCCAUUUUGUCCUCUUGUCUCAGGCAACAAAAUGCCUCGGGACGGUCCUGUAGGAAUCUUAAUCUCCAGGAGACCCGACCCCUCCACCCACCCACGGCCUCGAAGUCGCCCUCCCUUUGGCUUUCCCCUCAGCCCCCAAAUGCGAGGAAACAGCGGACGUGAGGGGCCACGGAGUAAGGUCGGACCGCAGAUGGAGGUCCCAAAAGGCAGGCAAGCGGGACGGCUCUCUCCCGCUCCUUUGGCAGAGGAAAGAGUUAAGGCGGCAGAAACCUAACACUCGCGCCCGAAGCCCGAGCCCAGAGAAAAAGGGGAAGGGACGGGAGCUCCUCGAGCGGGCUCCGCACCAAAGCCGGCGGUUUCAGGCGCCUUUGCCAGCAACAAGCCGCGGAAGACAUGGGAUUCCAGGCUGGCUCUGCUAACAGAGGCGUUCCCAUGCGCCGCCGAGAGAACUGACUCGAGGGCGAAUUGCUGACGACGGCCACGAUGACCCUUAAUUCUAGGUUGAUGAUGGAAACCAGAUGGCUCCGACUUCCCUUGGCCUUCCUCAUACUCCGGCUGUUUGUUAUUGGGGCUCCCACUGAUGAAUCUGGUGCCCAAGACAUGACAACUCCCUUGAGUGGCUGCAAGCGUUGCUGUGAUUCUGUUGAUGCCCCAGGAUCCUCUGCAGAGGUUGGUCCAAAUGCAAACGGUCCUCACUCCUUGCCGUAUAGAAUGCCAGAGGUUCGUCCGUAUAUCAACAUCACCAUUCUAAAGGGAGACAAAGGAGACCGAGGUGAGCCUGGACUUCCUGGGAAAUGGGGCAAAGAGGGACCUCCAGGUGAACGGGGUGCUCAGGGCCCAAAGGGGAGCAAGGGACAAAUGGGUGCCCCGGGAGAUCCUUGCAAACACCAGUAUGCAGCUUUUUCAGUCGGCCGGAAGAAGGCACUCCACAGCAGUGAGGGCUACCAGGCUUUGAUCUUUGACACAGUCUUUGUUAAUCUCUACAGCCACUUUGACAUGUUCAAGGGCAAGUUCUACUGCUACGUGGCCGGCCUUUAUUUUUUCAGCCUCAAUGUCCACACCUGGAACUUCAAGGAGACCUACAUGCAUGUCAUGCGCAACGACCAGGAGGAAGUCAUCCUCUAUGCCCAACCCAGCGACCGCAGCAUCAUGCAGAGCCAGAGUCUGAUGCUGGAGCUGCGGGAGAACGAUGAGGUUUGGGUACGCCUCUAUAAGCGUGAACGCGACAACGCCAUCUACAGUGAUGAUGUGGACAUUUACAUCACCUUCAGUGGCUACCUCAUUAAGCCCAGUCUUGAGUAGCUGCUGUCCUUCCAUCUAAAGCACCCUUUCUGCCUCCCCCAAAGCCUUUUAGUGGCUUGUCUGUCAAUUUCUGGGAAUUAUAUGCAGGAAGACCCAUAAAGAUCUGAAGAGGAAGGAGGUGGGUUUGAAUCAUAUGUAGUCAUACAGAGAGUCACGUUGUAUGACUACAACUCCAAGAAUCCACCAACCAGCAUGGCUUAUGCUGACUGAUGGAUUGUGGGACUUAUAGUAGAACAGAAUGAGUUUUCCGAGCUCUGGGUUGGGAAACAGAUUUUUCAUAUAUAUAUAUAUAUAUUUGAGAUUGUGGAAAGGAGAAAAAGAAAGCAGCUGUUUUAAGUGGAAAGAAAUUUCUUAUCCCAGCAAAACUUUCAUGUAUAUGGCUUUUCCGAGCUCUGGGUUGAUGAAUAGAUUUUUCAUAUAUCUGUUCAUCAAUCCAGAGCUCAGAAAAGUCAUAUAUAUGAAAGUUUUUCCACUUAAAACAGCUGUUUUUCCCCCUUUUCACAAUCUCAUAUAUAUAUUUGAGAUUGUGGAAAGGGGGGGAAAUAGCUGUUUUAAGUGGAAAGGAAUUUCUUAUCCCAGCAAAACGUUCUGCUGGCUUAUUGGUAAGUCUACUGACUUUGUUGGAUAAGACUGAAAGAUUUAGACUGGAAUCCUGAAGUUGUUAGCAGAACCUUGUUGCGUGUGGUCUCGGAUUUUUCCCUGUAGAAGGAUGUGGUGCUUCUUACACAAUGACUGAAAUUCUGUUGUGCAGCUGCACUCAUUGGCCAUGAAUGCUAAUCUUUAUUUUAAAAUUUCCUAUAUGCCUUAUCAGGUUCCAGUGCUCCCUAGGCAUCCCUUUUGACCUUGGGAAACCUUUGAGAGCUUGGGAGGAGGGGAGAAGAACCCUUUAGUGGCCAGCACAGCACCUAUAUCAGUGGUGCAACCACCACCAACAAUUUUCAGGCGUUAAACGCUUCCUCAGCUCAAAAUUGAUCUCACCCAAUAUGUUGAAAGUUGCUCAGCUUCCACUUUGGCCCAGUCCAGAUGUGUUGGACUGUAGUAUCCUUCAUGCCCUGCCAGCAUGCUGGCACCAUACUGGAGAUGGCCGGAAUUGUAGUUGAGUGCAUCUGGAGGGGAUGAGGUUAUGGACAGUUAUAAGUGCUGUUGUUUAUACAGAGGAGAAACAACUGAUUUGAGUUGUCUUGAGGUGAGUUACCCUGUUUCCCUGAAAAUAAGACCUAACCUGAAAAUAAGCCCUAGUAUGAUUUUUCAGAAUGCUCGUAAUAU